UGAGCAUUAUUAUUAGUGUUAUGCAUAAUACAUUACACAGAGCAACUUAGGUCAUGGUAAGCAAGGGCUGUGAGGCUAAUUCAUUGUGCUACAAAUCCCUAUGAAGAUAAUACAAGGCAUAGAAAAAGCGUACAGCUCUACCUGAAAAGGUGUUUCAACUUCUGAGCAUGCCAAUGGGCCCCCGUGUAUGGUAAACAUUUGAAUAGUCUGUCACGACUUGUUAAUAUGAAGAUGAAUUGCAUUUUUAUUCUGAUGCUCCAGAUGAUAAAUAAUCCUCGCCAAAACAGGAGAAUGUUCAUCUUAGUUUAGCAUGUUAGCAUCCUGCUAUCGGUGAGAUGUGCCUAAGACUGUUCUUGUACUCCGUUUCCAAAUGUUUGUAGGACCGUCUGCGUCAAAGUGGCACAAAUAUGUUCUGAGGAAAUAUCACAUCAUAACAAGUGGCCUGAAUAAUUAGAAAUCAUUCAAGGAGGAUACGGUUUCAUGUCAUUUAGUCAAAACCAAGCGAAUCUUGUCUGCUCUCCAUUUAGAUGUCUGAAUCUAAUCCAAUUAAUGCGAUAACAAUGUUGUAUAACACCUCUCAUUUCUCUGUGUUCCUCUAGUGUGUGUGCCCCCACUUCCUGCAUUAGGUUGUGAUGACCCACACUGCAUCCAAAUGUUUCUUUGACCCUCCUCAAACCUGACUCCUAACCUCUAACCCCUGACCUUUGACCCCCUCACUAUGGGCAGUGUUGGCAGUGGGGUGGCAGGCGAGCAGGAAUUUGCCAUGAAGUCCGUAGGCACGAGGACCACGCUGCCCCGAGCUCCGCCCCUCUCACGCCGUUGCCCUGGUGACCGCAGCUGCAGCGCAGAGCGUCUGCCCCGCCCCCCCGCAACUAUAUCUGACGGGACGGCCUCUAGCGACGAGCGAGGGAGCGUUAGUAUCGGCACCGGCACCUGUACUGACCGGCCUACUGAAACGGCCUCCACCACCAACACGGAAUGUACCAUGGCGGCGCCCAACAACAACAGCCAGCUGGAGUGCAGCAACGCGGCCCUCAGGAGGGAGUGGGAGAGGGAGAGGCAACGAGAACGGGGGAGAGACAGGGACCGGGACCGAGACUGGGACCGGGAGAGGUUGGAUAGGGAGCGCGAGCGGGAGAGAAACCGGGAGAGAGAGCGGGAACGGGUGGAGAGAGAGAGACUGGAGCGAGAGCGAGAAAGGGAACGGGAGAGGGCCCGGGAGAGGGAGAGGGAAAGGAUCGAGAGGGAGAAGAUCGAAAGGGAGAGGGAGCGAGAACGGGAACGUGAGAGGGAGAGGGAACGAGAGAGGCUGGAGGGGGAACGACUGGAACGGGAGAGAGAGAUGCAGGCCGCCGGUCUGGAUGUCUGCGGGAACGUCGUGGGCCGAGGAGCGAACGAGAGGAGCAGCGUUGGGGUGAACCAGCACCAGCAUAGAGAGAUGGUCGCGACCAGAACAGACGGUGAAAACAACCCAGCGGGACACAACCCACCCAAAAUCAUGGCGGUGUCAGGAAAACUGGAGCAGGCAAUGCAGAGAGACUCCGGCCUUGUUCGUCCCUCUGCCUUCAAACCGGUGGUUCCGAAAAGUUUUCACUCCAUGCAGAACCUUGUGGGCCAGGCAGGCGGGGCUGGGAGCGAGGGCAAAAGCGAGGCGAGGGGCGAAGGCUUCUGUGAGGGGAGAGGUGGCAGGAGAGGCAGGGAUGGUGGAGGGGGAGAGUCAGGAGAAGUGCCGGAGGCCCUCCUCCUGGACCAGGAAAGCCCGGUGAGGGUCAGCAGAGGUGAGGGUGCGGGAAAUCCGAAUGAGGUGGUUCAGGGCGGAAUGUCCGACUCAGGCAGGAACUCUCUGACAAGCCUGCCCACCUACACGGGUUCGGGUUCUGGUUGUGGACCUCCAGCCGUACUGGGACCGCUAAGUGCUUCCACAAGCCACAUCAACAGGUUGGGCAUGGCUGGGGCGGCAGCGGGCUUGGACAAAAUGGAAAAGCCCGGCUACCAGAACGGGCUUUGUGCCUCAGACAGCGGCCGAUCUUCGUCAGGGAAGAGCUCCUCUUCCUGUCAGAGGCUGAGUCACAUGAGUGACGCACCGGGACCAUUACGGCCCUCCCCUUCCUCGGAUGACAUCAUCCAGGACCUGGAGGACCGCUUGUGGGAGAAAGAGCAAGAGGUGCAGCACAUGCGCCGCAACCUGGACCAAAGUGAAGCCGCCAUCAUUCAGGUGUUUGAGGAGAAGCAGCGCGUGUGGGAGCGCCAGAUGGACGAGCUGAGACAGAACUACGCCUCGCGCUUGCAGCAGGUGACGCGGCGCGCACAGCGCUCGCAGACUGCUCUGCAGGCCCAGAUAACCCGUUUGUCCCAAGACAAGAGAAGACUCCAGGAGGAGAUGGCAGCCCUGCUUGCCCAACGAGAGGAGCUGGAGAGAAAGUGUUUAGAUUACAGGAAGGAGCAGGCUGACAUAUUGCCACGUCUGGAGGAGACCAAGUGGGAGGUGUGUCAAAAGGCCGGCGAGAUCUCCCUGCUGAAGCAGCAGCUGAGGGAAAGUCAAGCUGAGGUGACGCAGCGGGCCGGAGAGAUGGUGGCUCUGAGGGGCCAGCUCAAGGAGCUCAAUGCCCAGCUGAGGGAGCAGGAAGAGGCCAUGCUCGGACUGAAGGAGUCCUACAGCGCCAAGACUCUGGAGCUGGAGAAGUGCGAGGCGGACCUGAGGAGGACUCUGUCAGAGGUGUCCAUCCUGCGAGAGAAGCUUGGUGUUUUCGAGGCAGAGGUGUUGAGUCUAAAACGAGCCCUGAAUGAAUUCAGCAGAGGGGCCGAGGUCGUCAUGAGCCCAAAUUUAGCUGCUGCGGGACUUUUGCCACCCUGGGGAAUCGUCCACUGUCCGCGUACUCCCGGCGAUCAAUCUACCAACUCCCUGCCGCCGACGGCCGACACCCUGCUGAGUCUUCAGAGUGACGAAGCCAAAGCCCAGAGGCAGGAGGCUCAGAGGCAGCAACGCGAGGAAGCGCAGUGGCAACAGCACCAGCGUCAGGACGCCCACACGCAGCAGGACAUGCAGAUGCGGCAGGACGCUCACCUGCGCCACGAAGCUCAACUCCGCCAGGACGCACACCUCCGUCACGAGGCCCAGCUGCGCCAUGAGGCCCAGCUGUGUCAGGAGGCCCAGCAGCAACGGCAGCAGGACGCUCACUGGGACGAGGCGGGCGAGCUGCGCAGGCAGCUGGAGCAGCUGCAGGCCGCCCUGCGCCUCGAGCGGCAGCAACGCGAGCGCCAGGCUCUCAACUUUGACCAAGAGCGACACACCUGGCAGGACGAGAAAGAGCGGGUACUGAAAUACCAAGCCCAGUUGCAGCUGAGCUACGUAGAGACCCUGCAGAAGAACCAGGCUUUGGAGAAACGGAUGAGCCAGCUGGGAAACAAACCCAGCACCGCGUGCACCGUCCCCACCACCAUUGUCACCAACACUUCCCCUUCCUCCUCCUCCAGUUCGCCGCCUCCACAAUCGCUCUCAGCUCUGUCUCCUCAACCACCAUCCUCACUCCCCGGCCCCAUCACUCUCACCCUGUCCCCGCCCUGUGAAGACCAGAAGGGCCCGCCUUCACUCCACCAGCUCGCCCCUCCUUGGGCAGGACCUUCACGCCUGGAGAGGAUAGAGUCCACUGAAAUUUAAGAAAAAUACACGCAGGAAAAUGCCCAGUCAAAACACUGAUGCAACACAUGCAUCACAUCAUGUUGUAAGAGCAUUACAGCUGACCACAUAUACAUAAAAACACAAUAUUUGAAGGUGCAAGCAGGUGAUUAAAAUGGGAAGUGCAUCCAUUUUCUAGGCAGCCUUUCGCUCACAAGUUGCACAGCACUUCCUGCAUUAUCAGAAUAAAAGUGUUCUACACUGCAGGACAACAAACUGACAAUGUUUAGGUGACAGCACUACCACAGCGGUCGUUUAUUUCAUGCCAGUGCCAGGAAAAAAAACAAAAACAAAACAAGACAAUCAGGGAUAUUGUCAGAAAUUGCAACAAGAGUAUUAUCAUUAUUAUUAUGAUUAUUAUUAUUAUUAUCAUGCGAUAUUUAUUACUCAUUGUAAGUCUGUCUCAGUCGUAUAACGUACAAGUAGAACUAGUGGUCAGAGUGUGUGACGUUAACCUGCAUUUUUGGCCAGAGAGCGCCUUACUCCAUCUUGUCCAGCAUGUAUAAGAGAAUAAGUAUUGCUGGAAUUAAAAACAAAAACAAGUGUGAAUUAAAUUUUCAGUGCUUUGAUUAUCAAUAUAUAUCUGUAUCUAUGUAGAUCAAUCACUUAUUCGACAUUAGGCGACAUCCCAUUGAAGUCGGUUUUCAUUUCAUGCACAAUGUCCAACAUGCAUGAGUCAAACCAUAUCCUCAAAUACAACAGAGCUUAUAUUUUCUAAAAUAAUACUAUUGAAAAUAAACUGAAUAUAUGUUUAGCUGAUAAUCAACCCAAUCCAAAUGUUAUGGAGUCGAAAGAGUUUACCUUCACCUGCGGUGACUAAAUAUGAACCCUAGAGGUCGGUGUUGAUCCAUAAUGGUGCUCCGAGAUGACUUUCUUUCCUUCUUAAACUGUAAAACAGUGGAAACAAAUGAAUGGAAGCACACCAUCUCAAUUUGCUUAAUGUCAGGAAAAAAAAUCCCAAAGUAAAAAAAUAAAAUAGAGAAUGUAUGAUGUACAAGAAAUAGAUAUUUAUAAUUAUAGAUUGUACGUGUGCGUGUGUGUGUGUGUGCGCGCGCGCGCGCGCCAGUUUAUAAAUGAUGAUAGAGAGACUAGUGGCAAUACUGCAAGUAAAUCUAUAUUAAGAAAGAAUUAAUUGAUUUUUGUUAAAUAGAGUAAAAUGGACAUGAAGGGAAGCGGGUGUUCGAUUUUGUGCAUUUGUUUAACUGCGUAGUUUAUUUAGACUGAACAGUGGGAGCAUUCAGCCUAACUGCACUACAUCAUGUCCAGUUGACAUGUACAUUAGAAUCCAGUGUGAAUACCAUUGCUUUUACAUGUGGUGUACAUGCCAGCAUACAAAGAUGUUGCUCAAGAAUAUUAACGUAUCGCUAGGGUAUCACAUAGUAUUAUCAUGUUUAUUACUGUUAUUAUAAAUAUGGUGACAAAGAAAAUGUGCCAUUGAGUUUUUCUUUGUGUUUUUUUUUUCAACUGUAUAGAUAGCCUAUUGGUUUGUCAUAUGGAGGUGUAACCAUAGCAACCUUGUCCAAAAAAGAGAAAAGAUGCUCCUUUUGAUGUAGGUGAUAAAUGUAGUUGCAGUAUUGCAUUGUUUAGAGAGCAAAAUGCUAUCAAUUUUAUACAUGUUUCAGUUUUAUUGUUUAUGUUAUCAGUAUUGUUCUGGCUUGAUUAAAACCACAUCUUUGUAAAGAUCAACUGACUGAAUAAAUGUGAAUAAUUCAGCUA